AUGCCGACCGUCCCUGGAAAGCGAAAAUCACGGCCCGUGGAGACCCCCGAGGCUGCGGUCGAUGCGCAGGAGCUCCUCCGACGGCACUUUGAGGCGCGAUUCAAGCCAUUGGCUGGUGCCGCACGCGCCACGACAAAGACAAAGACAACCAAGACCAACAGCCGCAAGGCCCAUAGCGAUCCCGACAGCGAUCCCGACAGCGGGGACCUUGAGGAGAUUGAUGGCAAUAGCAGUGGGGAUGACGGUGAUGACAGUGACGAGGAUCAAUCCGACUCGGAAUGGGGAGGGGUGUCAGAUGAUGAGGAAACGGACGAGACGCCCGUUGUAGAGGUCGUCGACCACACAUCAUCCACAUCGAACGCAGCGGCGUCAAUGAGCAAGCGAGAGCUCAAAGCUUACCUCUCCUCGCGCCCGCCCGACCACAGCCUCCAAGCGGCACAGUCCGCCCCCAACAGCAAAAAGCCCUCAACCGACGGCGAUCAGCAGCCCGAAGACAGCGCCGCGUUCCUGGCCAACGACCUGGCCCUGCAGCGGCUCAUUUCUGAGUCCCACAUCCUUUCCGCGGCCGGUGCCAACCCGUCCCACUGGCAGUCCCAACACGCCGCCGGCGCCGCCACCAACGUGCGCGCCUUCGCCGCUGGCCGCACUGCGCGCAAGACCACCGACAUGCGCGUGCAGGCCCUGGGUGCCAAGGAGAGUGUCCUCAGCCAGGCCAAGAUGCCCAUGGCCAUGCGCAAGGGGAUUACGGGCGCGGCAGUGGCCAAGGAGAGCAAGCGCAGACGAGAAGCCCGUGAGAAUGGUAUUAUCCUCGAGCGGGAGGUCAAGAAGCCCAAGACGGCCGCCGCGCAAAAGAAGGGGAAGGGUAACCGGCCGGUCGAUGCACCUGCGGUGGGCAGGAUGAGAGGCGCCGAGUUACGAGUCAGCGCCAGAGAGGCGCGCGCUAUUGCCGCGUCGGUGAGAGGGCCAGCCGGCAAAGCACGCAAGCGGAGGAGAUAA